AGAAGGUAACGUUCAGUGACCUAAUUAAGUUACUUUCAGUGGUCGAAUUAGAUUACCUUCAAUAGUUAAUUUGCACCUUAUUCCAUUUUCAUUUAUAUUACCUGAAUAAUGAAAGGCAGGAAACCAAGACCGGCAAUUUCAAUAUAUUUACCGGCCCUCUAUUUUUUAAAGCCAUGUAAAUUUGUGUAUUUCUCCUCCGAUCCUUGAGCAUAGAUACAGUACAGUUGCAGACAAUGGCAGGCUCAGGCAGGUGGUGGUGGUUGGCGGUGGUGAUGUUGGUAGUAUCCGUAUCAGAACCUGCAUUCUCCGACCCACAAACCGAAAUAGUCGACCAGGGUUGCGGCCUGUACCAUGUUAGCGAUGUGCCAAAUUAUAACAGGGAACUCAACCUCAGCUUUGCUGAUCUGAGAAACCAGUUAUCCAGCGCCAAUAAACACUUUGCCACCUCCACUCAGAAGACUGUCUACGCAAUGGCACAGUGCAGAAAGUACCUCUCCACUGCGGACUGUGUGGCCUGUUUCGAUGCCGCCGUGUUAGUAACCCGAAACUGCUCCAACGCCGGAGUCAACUCUGCUAUUCUCGUAUUUGAUGGGUGCUUCCUAAGGUACAACAAUGGUUACUUCUAUGACCAGAGUAUAGAUGAGAUUAUAGGAGGAACCUAUCGAGUUUGUGGUAAUCGAACUGCCAGCAAACAAAAUAUUUUCAAUGCCACAGCAGCACAACAACUAAAUGAGCUUCUACUUGCAACGCCCAGAAUUCAUGGCUUUUACGCUGCAGCAAAGCUUCAGGAGGAAUCUCCUGGUGGUGCUACCACCUAUGCGGUGGCGCAAUGUGCUGAAACCAUGAGCGAAAGCAACUGUAAAGAUUGUUUGUCAGUAGCUUACAAUAACAUAAAGGAUUGUUUACCUAAUUCUGCGGAUGGAAGAGCUGGGGUUGAUGCAGGAUGUUUCUUGAGAUAUUCAGACACCCCUUUUUUUGCUGAUAACCAGACAACUGACAUAACACCCUUCCUAGGAAGAGGGAAUAGUUCAGGAAAGAAGAAACCUAUUCUUGCGGGUGUAGUCGGUACUGUAGGGAUCAUUUUGGUAUUAGCAGCCCUUUUCCUUUGGUAUCUGCAAUCAAGAAAGCAAAAUGCUUGGAUAAGAGGCAAUAUUUUGGGGACAAAGAGCUAUAUAUAUAAAGAUUUGAAAGCUGCAACAAAUGAUUUCAGCGAAGAAAAUAUACUGGGUAAAGGAGGUUUUGGUGAUGUAUAUAAGGGCACCCUACAAAGCGGGGAUGUGGUGGCAGUAAAGAAACUGAUAGCAAUUUCUAGUAGAGCAAAGGCAAACUUCGAGACUGAAAUUAGUCUUAUUGCAAAUGCGAAUCAUCCCAAUCUCAUUCGUCUAUUGGGAUAUUCUGGCAAUGGAAAAGUGCUCAUACUGGUUUAUGAAUACAUGGCAAAUGCCAGCCUUGACAAAUACAUAUAUGGAGAGAAACGGGGGAUGCUGAAUUGGAAGCAAAGGGUAGACAUAAUAUUGGGUAUGGCUAGAGGUCUUGAGUAUCUGCAUGAGCAGUUCGAUGUAUGCAUCAUACACAGAGACAUCAAAUCUAGCAAUAUACUACUUGAUGACGAAUUCCAACCCAAAAUAGCUGAUUUUGGUUUAGCAAGGCUUUUACCAGAAAAUAAGACUCAUCUUACAACUAAAUUUGCAGGGACUUUGGGAUAUACAGCGCCAGAAUAUGCAAUUCAUGGCCAUUUAUCAGAGAAAGUUGACAUCUAUAGUUUUGGCAUUGUUAUCCUAGAGAUCAUCAGUGGGCGACGGAGCAGUGACUUAAAAGUUGAGCCUGUAACUGAGUAUCUCCUAGAACAGGCAUGGAAAUUGUACGAGAAUGAUGAACAUCUAGGACUCGUGGACAAUAAUUUAGACCCAAAUGAGUAUGAGGCAGAGGAAGUGAAGAGAAUGUUGGAAAUAGCAUUGGUGUGUACCCAAUCACCCUCGAAGAUAAGGCCAAGCAUGUCAGAAGUGGUGGUCAUGCUUUCAAGUACUGAUGCCUCAAUCAUUCAAAAACCCCAAAACAGGCCAACCACUAUUACUGAUUUCAAUAAGAGGAUGCCUACAGCUACAAACACUUCAACACUAACUAAUGCCACCAUUUCAUUUUCUCGUUUCUCAGGCCGCUAGGUACGCCUAUUUUGAUCUUGCUAGCUUACUUGUGAAUUAGCUACGCCUAUUUUGAUCUUGCUAGCUUACUUGUGAAUUGUGACGUGUUUGUAUUUAUUUAUUUAUUUAUUUAUAGAUUUUUUUUACC